UAGAGGCACUACUAGUAUAUCCUUGGAGCGAUUCCCAUUCUUGCAAAUUCAAUAGAAUUCGAUAUCUUAUCUUUCACAAAUCUAUCUUAAAUGGAUUUUCGUCGUCUUUUCAACCUACCCCGGCACUGGAAGCAAGCUCAAAAUACUUUCAACUGAAGGCUGUAACUGCAAUGGCACAACGUCGCAGUCAUCACAAGAGGCAUGGGAACAAUCGGCUGCGCAAGGAGAGCCCGCAUCGAGAUUUCAACAAAGAUUUUAUUCAAGGAGAGGUUAUCAGAACGCAUCCACAAAUACUCAUGGUCCCGUCACCUGGACCUUGGUCAGCAUGGGCACUAGACGCCGAACAAGGCUUCUAUUACCGCACUCGCAUAAACGCAAUCGGCAGAUAUGAAUGGGAUUUUCAAGCUCAAUCAUCACCAAGUCAGGCUUCUAGCUACGUGCAGCCUGAACAAGCAAAUUGCUAUCGUCCGUCGCCUCCAGCAGCGCCAGCGUCAUCUUUCCGUCAGUAUAUGAUUUUUCCGACAGACCCGGCUCCGAGAGAAGAUAAAGACAGCUGCGACUCCGAUUUUAGCCAGGAUUUCGAUGACGAAGUCACAUCUCGUGCACCGGGGUCUAGUUUCGUAAUUCCCGCCAUUAUUGACGUGGAUACAAAGAACAACGUCAAGGUCUUGGUGCCGGACCCCAAAACUGGCGAGGCAACUAAAAUCUGGGACAACAAGCACAAACAUUCCCGCAAGUCGAAGAUCAGCCCAGACGUCAAGGUUCGGGAAUGGCUGUACAGGAAAUAAACCAGUAUAUCAAGCAUGAGGCAGUGAAGUUUUGUUAUUCUCAAAGUGUUACCCACAUAGGUCGGAGUAGAAUCACACACACAUGUACGGACAUUGGAGAUUAGAAUAUAUAGGCAUAUAAUAGAGUUCAAAGGGAGAGAAACGAGAUUUCUUUUCUGGGUAUUUAAGGGCC